AUGCUGCAGGUAACUGUGUUUUCAGGGCAAAAUAAGGACAGUAUGCUCUCAUGUUCAAUGAGAGGUGCCCACUUCAGUGUAACAUUAUCCAGUUAUUGGUCUUGUAAAUGUUAACAAAUACCUGCAACCCUCAGUCGAAAAUCACUAUGGGUAGAAAGGGCACAUCAUGCUCUGCUGCCUGCUUUAAAGAUCUGCAGUUACUGAGGAAGAUGGCUUGGCUUUCUGACAUUGGGCAAACAGUGAGCCCCUUGGACUUAAUCCUUCUAAUAUAUCAUGCACUACCAUUCAGAAGUUUGGGGUCACUUAGAAAUGUCCUUGUUUUCGAAAGAAAAGCAUUUUUUUGUCCAUUAAAAGAACAUCAAAUUGAUCAGAAAUACAGUGUAGACAUUGUUACUGGCUAUUGUAGCUGGAAACUGCAGAUUUUUUUGUGGAAUAUCUACAUUUACAUUUUUGUCAUUUAGCAGACGCUGUUAUCCAGAGUGACUUACAGGAGCAAUUAAGGUUAAGUGCCUUGCUCAAGGGCACAUAGACAGAUCUUUCACCUAGUCGGCUCGGGGAUUAGAACCAGCAACCUUUCGGUUACUGGCACAACGCUCUUAACCACUAAGCUACCUGCCGCCCUUACAUAGGCGUACAGAGGCCCAUUAUCAGCAACCAUCAGUCCUGUGUUCCAAUGGCACGUUGUGUUUGCUAAUCCAAGUUUAUCAUUUUAAAAGGCUAAUUGAUCAUUAGGAAACCCUUUUGCAAUUAUGUUAGCACAGCUGAAAACUGUUGUGCUGAUUAAAGAAGCAAUAAAACUGGCCUUCUUGAGACUAGUUGAGUAUCUGGAGCAUCAGCAAUUGUGGGUUCGAUUAAAGGAUCAAAAUGGCCAGAAACAAAUAACUUUCUUCUGAAACUCGUCAGUCUAUUCUUGUUCUGAGAAAUGAAGGCUAUUCCAUGCGAGAAAUUGCCAAGAAACUGAAGAUCUCGUACAACGUUGUGUACUACUGCCUUCACAGAACAGCGCAAACUGGCUCUAACCAGAAUAGAAAGAGGUGUGGGAGGCCCCAGUGCACAACUGAGCAAGAGGACAAAUACAUAAGAGUGUCUAGUUUGAGAAACAGACGCCUCACAGAUCCUCAACUGGCAGUUUCAUUAAAUAGUACCCGCAAAACACCAGUCUCAACAUCAACAGUGAAGAGGUGACUCAGGGAUGCUGACCUUAAAGGCAGAGGAAAUACCUAUUUUAAGAGUCUUUGAAUGAAUAGAUUUUGCAAACCUUCUGUGAAGAUUUGGGGGUGAGGACAACUGAGGAUUGGAGCAAGGAGUAGAGAUGGGAAUAGAGAUGGGACCAGGGACCUCAAAGAUCAGAUAGUUUUCUGAUAAGAUGUAAGGCAUAUAUUUAUUGAGGAGCAACAAUGAGGUGCAAACCUUUUCCAUGGGUUUACGAUUGUGUUAAUCCUCAUCUCAACCCAUCCUGGAUCAAAUAAUCAUCAACUCAACUCAUCAUCAACGCAACUCAACUCCACUCAAAGCAGACAAUCUUGAGAUGAGUAAACCUAUUGGCACAAUGACCUUCAACUGUGAAGGAACAACUGUUUGUGGGGCUAAUCCACAGCACCCGUUAGACAUCAGCUGUCGAGAGAGGCCUGCCAAUCCUGGCACUGUAAUGUCAUCAGAUUGCUUUCCCAUGCUCUGUUUUCACGGUUCCAUGGCAGUCGUGUAAAUAGCUUGGCGUAAUCCCUGCCUUCAUGGGAUUUCUCCACUCAAAUGUGGAUCAGUGCACCACCCUGUCAAAGCCUAGGCCCCAGUGUGUAAUACCUCAUAUGAUCCAGGGGCUCUGAGUACGGGAGGACCACUCCCUCACCAUGCUAAUUAUAGACUCCCAGAGAGGAGAGGGCUAUGGAAAUAAUUUAAUUGCAAAAUAAUAAGUAUUUGAGGUCUUCAUUAUGAAAUGUGCGCUACACCAUCAAUCUUGUCUAGUGUGCAAAGUAGGUUAUAGUAACCCCAGUCAGAUAUUUAGUUUGCUGGCAUGAUCUCAUUAUAUGUGAAAAAGCCAAUAAUAAAUCAUCAAUCUCAGGUGAUCAUGGUACCAAUUGAUGUGUGUUUGUAAAAUCCAGGCCCCCAAGAAAGCAAAGAAGAGAGCAGAGGGAGCCAACUCCAAUGUGUUCUCCAUGUUUGAACAGGCCCAGAUCCAGGAGUUCAAAGAAGUAAGUAGACCAACUUGAUAAAUUGCUUCUCUGAAGCUAGUUACAUUUAUUUUCCAUUGAUUUUGCCAAGUAACACAACCAUAGACACAUGCAGUACACAGUGGUGUGUCCAGAACAUUUUGAAUGGGGUGGCCAAGGUGGGGCACAGACCCAGUUUAGGAGGGCCAUAACAUUUUGAACCUUAAUCAACGCAAGGUGAAUUUUUUCUAUAUAAAUAUGAUGGUUCAACUUAUUAAAUGCUUCAGCUUAGGCUUGGUACAUUUCCCUGUUCAAAUGGGAAGCCAGGCUCCCCCAAAAAAAUGAUUUCUCAUUUGUGUCUAUCCGUGUUUCAUAAUUUUCCUUCAAUUCGCAAGUGGCUGAAUCUACAGUUGAAGUCGGAAGUUUACAUACACUUAGGUUGGAGUCAUUAAAACUCGUUUUUCAACCACUCCACACAUUUCUUGUUAACAAAGUAUAGUUUUGGCAAGUCGGUUAGGACAUCUACUUUGUGCAUGACACAAGUAAUUUUCCAACAAUUGUUUACAGACAUAUUAUUUCACUGUAUCACAAUUCCAGUGGGUCAGAAGUUUACAUACACUAAAUUGACUGUGUCUUUAAACAGCUUGGAAAAUUCCAGAAAAUGAUGUCAUGGCUUUAGAAGCUUCUGGUCGGCUAAUUGACAUCAUUUGAGUCAAUUGGAGGUGGACCUGUGGAUGUAUUUCAAGGCCUACCUUCAAACUCAGUGCCUCUUUGCUUAAUUUCAUGAGAAAAUCAAAAGAAAUCAGACAAGACCUCAGAAGAAAAAUUGUAGACCUCCACAAGUCUGGUUCAUCCUUGGGAGCAAUUUCCAAACGCCUGAAGGUACCACGUUCAUCUGUACAAACAAUAGUACACAAGUAUAAACACCAUGGGACCACGCAGCCAUCAUACCGCUCAGGUAGGAGACGCGUUCUGUCUCCUAGAGAUUAACAUACUUUGGUGCGAAAAGUGCAAAUCAAUCCCAGAACAACAGCAAAGGACCUAGUGAAGAUGCUGGAGGGAACAAGUACAAAAGUAUCUACAGUAAAAACAAGUCCUAUAUCAACAUAACCUGAAAGGCCGCUCAGCAAGGAAGAAACCACUGCUCCAAAACCGCCAUUAAAAAGACAGACUACGGUUUGCAACUGCACAUGGGGACAAAGAUUGUACUUUUUGGAGAAAUGUCCUCUGGUCUGAUGAAACAAAAAUAGAACCAUAAUGACCAUCGUUACGUUUGGAGGAAAAAGGGGGUUGCUUGCAAGCCGAAGAACACCAUCCCAACCGUGAAGCACAGGGGUGGCAGCAUCAUGCUGUGGGGGUGCCUUGGUGCAGGAGGGACUGGUGCACUUCACAAAAUAGAUGGCAUCAUGAGGAAGGAAAAUUAUGUGGAUAUAUUGAAGCAACAUCUCAAGACAUCAGUCAGGAAGUUAAAGCUUGGUCACAAAUGGGUCUUCCAAAUGAACGAUGACCCCAAGCAUACUUCCAAAGUUGUGGCAAAAUGGCUUAAGGACAACAAAGUCAAGGUAUUGGAGUGGCCAUCACAAAGCCCUGACCUCAAUCCUAUAGAAAAUGUGUGGGCAGAACUGAAAAAGCGUGUGCGAGCAAGGAGGCCUACAAACCUGACUCAGUUACACCAGCUCUGUCAGGAGGAAUGGGCCAAAAUUCACCCAACUUAUUGUGGGAAGCUUGUGGAAGGCUACCCGAAAUGUUUGACCCAAGUUAAACAAUUUAAAGGCAAUGCUACCAAAUACUAAUUGAGUGUAUGUAAACAUCUGACCCACUGGGAAUGUGAUGAAAUAAAUAAAAGCUGAAAUAAAUCAUUCUCUCUACUAUUAUUCUGACAUUUCACAUUCAUAAAAAAAAGUGGGGAUCCUAACUGACCUAAGACAGGGAUUUUUUACUAGAAUUAAAUGUCAGGAAUUGUGAAAACUGAGUUUAAAUGUAUUUGGCUAAGGUGUAUGUAAACUUCCGACUUCAACUGUAUUUCACCAGAGAAAGCAUCUGAGCGAGGCAAACAGCGCCCCUCUGUCUUAGUAUCUGUAGCCCAUGUAUCUGAUGCCGUCUGACCAAAAAUAAUAUGACAUGCCAUACUCUUUUUGGCCAGACCGCAUCAGAUACAUGGCCUACACAUACCAAGACAGAGGUGCGCUGUUUCGCUCGCUCUAAUGCUUUCUCCGGUGAGAUUGGUGAGUCUUGCUGUUGGGUGCGGGUCUUGGUCAAAAUGUUCAAUAUAUUCAGAGACGACCUAUCAGAGCUCAGAAUUUCUUACAUAACAGGAGUAUGCAAAUAUGCUCUGAUAAUACAUGUACACCUACUCACCCUGUCAACCCUCAACAGGCUUUCACUAUCAUGGACCAAAACAGAGAUGGUUUCAUUGACAAUAAUGACCUGAGAGACACAUUUGCAGCUUUGGGUAGGUUAAAGGCUCUAUAGUACCCCUGUGGUCACUGCUCUUGUAUGGUGGAUGUGUCAUGUUAACUUUGUCAUCCUUAAUGAAAAUUUAUGAGAUGUUAAAGGAGGCGCCUGGACCCAUUAAUUUCAGUCUUACUGACUAUGUUUGGAGAGAAGCUAAAAGGUGAGGAAAGGGAAAGGAUGGAUCCAGAGGGAGUGUACACACACAAAAAAUAAUUUUGUACAAGAUAAAUUCAUGAAAUUAAGAAAGUGGGAUAUACAGGAUAUAAAUGGGAAUAUUGAAUGUAAGUAUGUGAGAAUGGUCAACCAUUACAAUGCUGAUAUACCAACAUAGAUGUCAUACAAAGGCUUCACUGCUCAUGUGACUGAUUGAAAAGGUGCUUAUAGCCAGAGAUAAAUAGCUGGUUUAGCAUAGCGUGGUCCUCUGUAGCUCAAUUGGUAGAGCAUGGCGCUUGUAACCCCAGGGUAGUGGGUUUGAUCCCCGGGACCACCCAUAUGUAAAAAUGUAUGCACACAUGACUGUAAGUUGCUUUGGAUAAAAGCGUCUGCUAAAUGGCAUAUUAUUAUUAUACUAUAUCUGGCUUCAUGCUGGCAGCAGAUCCUGGCUUUGGCCCAUCUGUCAAACUGAGAUGAUGCAUGGGUCUGUCUGUCUGUCAUCCUUUAGGCGCAGACCCAGAGGUGUAGACAUUGCAGUGAAAUGCUUACUUACAAGCCCAUAACCAACAAUGCAAUUUAAGAAAAGAAAGAGAAAAAAAGCAGCAAUAAAAUAACAGUAGGGAGGUUAUAUACAGGGAGUACCGGUACAGAGUCAAUGUGCGGGGGCACCGGUUAGUCGAGGUAAUAUGUACAUGUGGGUAGAGUUAAAGUGACCAUGCAUAAAUAAUAAACAGAAUAGCAGCAGCGUAAAAGAGGGGGUUGGGGUGGGGUGGGGGGACAAUGCAAACAGUCCCAGUAGCCAUGAUUAGCUGUUCAGGAGUCAAGAAACAUUAAUUAUUAUGUGGGGUAGGGGUUAAUUUAUUUUUUGUUAGGGCAAAUUAAGUCUAAAAUGUCAAAGUGGAAAUUACAAACUUUAGAAGCCUUUUUAAACCUCAAAUACACUAAACGUUUGCAUUUCCUGCUGUGCAAGAAAAUUCUCAGCAACAAAAGAGUAAUCAAAUUAAGAUCCUACAUAUGUAGACUCCUAAUAACUACAACUUCUCUUCACAGUGUAACAGAGAUGUUAACGACCCAGGCUGACAGGUUCUCCCGCGAAGAGGUUAGAACCACCAUCACUGAUAUUUUGUUACAUACUAAGCAAAAACACCUUCAUCAUCUUCUCAAACAGGCUUUGUGAUCCAUCCCCUCAGAUGGAGCAGAUGUUCACCGCCUUCCAUCCAGAUGUGGCUGGACACUUGGACUACAAGAAUCUGUUCUACAUCAUCACACAUGGGGAAGAGAAGGACCAGGAAUAA